ACCUGCCAGCACUCAUCGUCGUGCGAGGCCAGACCAAAACGGCAUCAGUGGCAGAAGGGAUCCUGCAUCCAUGUCGAAGGUGACGGUGCUCAAGGUGGACACCUCCUGCGGCAAAUGCAAGCGCAAGGUCCUGCAGGCCGUCUCCGGCCUCCAAGGUGUUGGCAAGAUCGAGGUCGACUCGGAGAAGGGCACGAUAACGGUGACCGGCACGGUGGACCCGGUGGACGUGAUCGUGCAGGCGAGGAAGGCCGGGAGGCGAGCGUCGGUCGUCACCAUCGGCCCGCCGCCCAAGCCGGCCGAGGAGAAGAAGCCCGAGCAGCAGAAGACCGACGAGAAGAAACUGUCGGCGGGCGCGGAGAAGAAGGCGCCCGAGCAGCCGGCCACGGUGUUCGUCCACCACGUCCCCUCGUGGCCUCCGUGCCCCAGGUACCAGGAGAGAGUAGUCUACGAGCAGGACCCCCCCGCCUUGCUCCAUCAUGUAACUAACCGAUCCCAUCUAUCUGACCACCAUUGGUUCAUAUGGAACGCAUGCAGGAACUCUGUAAGAUCUUGCAUAAUUUCACCAUAA